AUCAAUUCCAUGAGCCAUAACAAAAGUAGGUACUACUAGACUUGCUCCUAGGUCGUUAAGGCAUAGCCACCUCAAACAUCUUCAUAAAUAUUGUUUCCAAGUAUUAGAGUAUUUCCCAAAAGAACAAGAACAACAUAAGACAAUGAGUACUGCCAGGUUUAUCAAGUGUGUAACAGUUGGAGAUGGUGCUGUGGGAAAGACAUGCAUGCUUAUAUCCUAUACCAGCAAUACCUUUCCCACGGAUUAUGUUCCAACUGUGUUUGACAAUUUCAGUGCUAAUGUAACUGUGGAUGGUAGUACUGUUAAUCUUGGUUUAUGGGAUACUGCAGGACAAGAAGAUUACAACAGGCUGAGGCCUUUAAGCUAUAGAGGAGCUGAUGUGUUUUUGUUGUGCUAUUCUCUCAUCAGUAAAGCCAGUUAUGAGAACAUUUCCAAAAAGUGGAUACCUGAGCUGAGACAUUAUGCUCCAAAUGUGCCUAUAGUGCUGGUGGGAACAAAACUAGAUUUGCGAGAUGACAAGCAAUUUCUGACUGAUCAUCCUGGAGCCACACGAAUAACAACUGCUCAGGGUGAAGAAUUGAAGAAAAUGAUCGGUGCAGUCACUUACAUUGAGUGCAGCUCCAAAACACAGCAGAAUGUGAAGACAGUUUUUGAUGCUGCAAUAAAGGUUGCAUUAAGGCCACCAAAGCCAAAGAAGAAACCACGCAAGAAAAGGACUUGUUUUUUCCUCUGAUAUUUCAUAUUCACUUAUCCUUCACCUCAAGUCAUUUAUAUAAACAGAAUUGAAGCUCAAAGUUUUUAGUGUUUGUGAUCCACAUAUAUAAAGAGACUGAGUUUAUGGAUAAUUUCUGGGAAGAACCUUAGACUCAUCUCAAUUUGUAAACGAUGGAAAAUCAACUUAAGCGUUGCAUUGUUCGAUUAAUUAUUUUAUUUUGCAGUGUCUAGUUGUGGCUGUGUAUUCAAUACUUCUAGUUCAGAAAGAUAACUCCUAUUUGAAAUUGGGAAUACCCUUCUGCAAUUC